GUACACUUUGAGUAGGGAACGCCAGAAGAGUUGUGCUACUUUUGAGUCCGCACAACGCAAAAUAAAUGUCCAAGGAGAAACUGUGAACGCGGAUGAACAUGCUCUCCUCGUAAGUGGAGGUACAAUAUUGACGAAGUUGCCUCACGUGAGUGAUCCGGAGAAAUGAAUCGCUAUUUAGUGCAGUCAACAGCCUCAGGCAACAAACAUGGCUUCUGUGUCUUUCUGCUGUUUGUAAUGAAAAAGCGCUUUGUUGAGCCAUUACAUCUCAUGGCAUCGGUGCUCAAAUCCUACAAGUGAGCCUAUAGAAAGAAGUUCCCGCGUCUUCACCGGGGUUGUGUUGGGGAAACAGGUGUAAAUCGAUAGCGCAGAGCUAGCUAGUUAGCUAGAGAACUGUAGGAGCUGCGAUGGAGCCCAAACACAAAGAGUUACUACACCAGUGCCACCAGAACUUUCUGGAGUCCAUCACGGAUGCGGACCGGCUCAUAGAGCUCCUGAGUAAAUCGGGGAUCCUGAGCGAACAGGAGACCUUCGAGCUGGACCAGAACUGCUCCUCUAGCGCGGAGAAAGUGGACCAGCUCCUGAAGAUGCUCAUGAACAAGCAGAGUGACCAUUUCCUGGAGCUGUGUGUGGCCCUGGAGAAGACCUACCCUCACCUGUACUCAGCCCUCUUCCCCAACGGCGGAGGACCAGCAGAUCAGUCUGGGUCUACCUACAGCGUUCUCUCCACAAUGCCAUCAGACUCUGAGAGCAGCAGUUCCCUCAGCAGUGUCGCCUCAUCACCUCCACCUGUGCUCAGUGACACCCAGCCGGCCAGCGAGAACCUGGAAACCAUCCUGUUCCAGCUGAGACAAGUCACCAGGGAACGGGACGAGCUCCGCAAGCGCUUGGCACUCGCCUCACCUGGCACCACCUUUGAUGACUCCAGGCCAAAUUCCAAACCUUGUCAUGACUACGAGCGUCUGAAAACGCAAUGCAUUAAGGCCAUGGCAGACCUGCAGUCCCUGCAGAACCAGCACACCAAGACUCUGAAGAGGUGCGAGGAGGCCGUGAAAGAAGCCGACUACUACCACAUGCAGCACAGCCGUCUUCUGAGCGAUCAGUCCCCACUAAAGGAGGAGAUGGAGGUUCUGAAGAGAGAUAACGCCAAGCUGAUUCGGGAACACAACCAUCUGAAACAGACCUGUGAGGAACUCAGGAGGCUUCACACUGAAGAUCAAAGAGAGGUGGCUGACAUGAGAUUACAGCAGCAACAGGUAAUCAGGGAGAAUGGCUCAUCCGAGGUUUUGAACAAGCUCUACGACACAGCGAUGGACAAGCUGGAGGGGGUGAAGAAGGAAUAUGAUGCCAUGAGUAAACGGUACAGUGAGAAGGUGGCCAGCCACAACACAGAUCUGAGUCGACUGGAGCUGGUGGAGGAGGAGAACAGACGCUUGCAGAAGCAAAUCGAUGCUCUGCUGAAACAGCGUGACACGGCCAUCCAGUACCAACAGCAAUGGACCACAUCUAUGAGAAGGUUUGACUCAGUACAGCAGGAGCUUAAUAAGGCAUCGGCCCAGAACAAGGAGCUGCAGAGAGAGAUGGAGAGACUCCAGUCAGAGGUUACGCGCUACAAGAACUUCCAGCUGAAGGCAGUGAAGGAGGCAGAGAAGUACAAGGAGGAGCGAGAUUCAGUGUUUAAUGAGUACAAGUUGAUCAUGAGCGAGAGGGAUCAGGUCAUUAAAGAGGUGGACAAGCUGCAGACGGAGCUGGAAGCUGCAGAGACCCGACUCAAAAACACCUCCUCAGACAGGGUGGUGGCCAGUGAAGAGCUGGAAGCACUCAGACAGGAGCUAAAUUCCUCACUGGUGGAUCGAGACCGUGCCAUCUGUGAGAGAAACGAGCUGCUGGAAAAAUACUGCCAUGAAGUGAAGGACAAAGCAGAGGCCCAGAAAGAGCUGAGUCAGGCCUGUAAAGACAUCGAGACCGUGCGGGAGGAGAGAGAUGUGGCCAGGAAAGAGAGAACUGAAGCCAUUAUCCAGAGAGACCAGUUACUGCGGGAAUACUAUCAGGCCAGACAGAAACAAGACUCGGCUACACUGGACAUGGAGCGUGCCAAUAAGGAGAUCGAGGUGUUGAGGAAGCAGUGUGAGGCUAUGUCUCAGGAGCUGAAGGAGGCUGUGCAGGAGGCCGAGGUGGCCAAGUGUCGCAGAGACUGGGCCUUUCAGGAGAGGGACAAGAUUGUGGCUGAGAGAGAGAGCAUACGGACUUUGUGUGACAACCUGCGCCGAGAGAGAGACCGGGCUGUCAGCGAUCUGGCUGAUGCCCUGCGUAACCUUGAUGACAUGAGGAAACAGAGGAAUGAUGCAGCCAGGGAACUUAAGGAGCUCAAGGAGAAGAUGGAGAGCCAGUUGGAGAAGGAGGCACGGUUCUGCCAGCUGAUGGUUCACAGCUCUCAUGAUUCUGCUAUAGACACAGACUCAUUAGAGUGGGAGACAGAGGUGGUGGAGUUUGAGAAGGAUCGGGACGACAUGGAUUUGAAGGCACUGGGGUUUGACAUAGCAGAGGGAAAUGAUCCAUAUUUACCAGGGGAUUGUGGGAUAUGUGUGACCCGGGUGGACAAAGGAAGUAUCGCCGAUGGAAGAUUGAGGGUUAAUGAUUGGCUGCUGAAGAUAAAUGACGUGGACCUGACUAACAAAGACAGGAAGCAGGUCAUCAAAGCCAUAAUUAAUGGAGGAGGGCUGAUCAAUAUGGUGGUUCGCAGGAAGAAAUCUUUAGGAGGAAGACUGGUUACUCCUAUCCACAUUAAUCUCAUCGGACACAAAGACACUGGUAUCACUCUUGAGGGUGGUGUGUUUGUGGCCGCUAUCGCGCCAGGUAGCCCUGCUACCAGAGAGGGAUCCCUUACCAUCGGAGACCGCCUUAUUGCAAUAAAUGGGAUCGCACUGGAUAACAAAUCUCUGAGUGAAUGUGAGGCUCUGCUUAGGGGCGGCCGGGACUCGCUCAGUCUCUCCCUCAUGAAGUUCUUUCCUCAGAGCACAUCAGGGCAGAAUAUCUUUGAGAGCUUGCGGGAGGCUGAAAAAUCCAAUGGCAGAAUCUACCUGUCAGAGGUCCAUUCUCGUAACAGCAGGAACCUCAAACACAACAGCUCUACUCAGACGGACAUUUACAGUGGGGAGACUGGCGGAGAAGGGAGCGAGAGAAGAAAAACCAGGUCAGACACAGAGGAGAGCAGUUACUCCGAGAGGAAGAUCUUCCCAGUUUCCAACUUGCACCCGAACACCCUCCGACCCGCAUCAGAGCUGGGGGGACGAUACGGCGGCAGUGCCUUUCAAGAGAUCUGCUACACCCGUUCAGAGUCAAUCGGCCCCGAAUGUGUUACCCUGGAGACCACGCUAGAAAGGAAACACAGUGGCAGCACUUGGCCCAAAAUAGUGGUGGGUGUCGCCAUGACGAACGACAGCCCGGCACAACUCUCCAUCUACAGGUCGCCCAAGCAGAGGAAGUCCAUCUUUGAUACCGAUGCCUUUAAAUGGCCAGAUACGCCCUCAAAUUCUGACUACCUUGCCGGAUCGCAGCUAGCAGGCCGUUCUCCACAGCCUUCUAAAGUAGACUCCACACCCCCAACCCCGCCCACCCGCAGCGACUCUUUCAAGUUCACACACAGACAUCAGGGAAGCUCCACCUCUGAGUCCACCAUCACCACCAUUUCUUUCCCCGAUCCAAAGCAGGAAGACCGCAAUGGUAACUUGUACUUCACCGACGCAGACCGCGAGGGCAAAGUCCUGAGCUCCAGAAAGUCCUGCGAAGAGGAUAUUGGCCGGAUGAGGCUGGAGGAACCUGAGGUGAAGCGUCCGAGGCCCAAAUCGGCCCCAGCACUCCGGCGCAGGAUGACUCCUCAGACUAUCCCUCUCCAGAGUUUCCAGAGUUAUUCAAAUGAUGGUGACUGUGUGGAGCAAAGGGAGAUGCUGCGAUCCUCUCCUAACAGACCUCACAGGCACAGUGUGGGUUUCGUGCCUUCAGCAUAUAAUGGAACCUUGCCUCCCAACUCAGCACAUCGAGGACUGGCCCCCUGCUCUGCCGUAACAGCCGUUAUGAAGAACCCUGUUUACAUGGUUCGGAGUCACCGAGUUCACACUAACAACUGCCCUACUGUCGUCAACAAGAUCAAUCAACAGCACACACACCCCAGUCCUCAGCAUCAAGGACGUCUCAGUCUAGACUCGAGCCAGAAACGCUCCACAGAAUACUCUGAGUCCUCCCGCAGCAGCCAGGCCUCAAACGGCACCAACUCACUGCCGUCCAGCGCUAGACUCGGUUCAUCUAAUAACUUGCAGUUUCGCAAGGAUGAAAGGAUAAAGAUCCCCUCCACGCCACGUUAUCCUCGCUCAGUACUGGGCUCAGACAGAGGAUCUCUGUCUCAUUCAGAAUGCAGCAGUCCCUGUCUCAUCACUCCACCCCUGUCUCCUCUCAAUCUGGAGACAUCCUCAUUCACCUCCAGCCAAUCCCAAGGCUCCAUCUCCACUCUACCCAGGAUCUCUGUCAGCCCCAUGCCUGUUGGGGAGCGGAGAAAAGACAGGCCAUACUUGGAGGAGCCACGGAAUGUCAUCGUGCACAAAGGGGCUGAGCCUCUCGGGAUCUCCAUUGUGAGUGGAGAGAAUGGAGGUAUAUUUGUCUCCAAGGUGACAGGGGGUAGCAUCGCACACCAGGCUGGACUAGAGUAUGGAGACCAGCUGCUGGAGUAUAAUGGGAUAAACCUGCGGAAUGCCACCGAGCAGCAGGCACGCCUCAUAAUUGGCCAGCAAUGUGACAUUAUCACCAUCAUGGCCCAGUACAACCCACACAUGUACCAGCUUGGGAACCACUCUCGCUCUAGUUCCCGCUUGGAGCCAGUGAGCACUCAGUCCACUCCCCAGGGCAGUGGAGCCGCAACUCCAGAUAACCACUCCACCAUAGACACCCUAAGUGAACAGGAUGAAGGCACGCUCACACCAUCCUCCAAACAGACAACACCCACCACAAGCCCCAACAACUUUAUCAGAAUGUCAUCUGAGAGUGCGAAGAAAUUUCCGGAGCCUCGUUUGGUGACCGUGAGGAAGACUCAGGUGGAGCUGGGUGUUCAGUUGUGUGGAGGAAACCUGCGCGGGAUCUUUGUGCAGAGACUUGAAGAGGACAGUCCUGCCAGAGGAGUCGAUGCUCUCAUGCCUGGAGACAUGAUACUAGAGUAUGGCUCAGUUAAUAUGAAGAAUAAGACUGUGGAGGAGGCAUACCUGGAAAUGCUUAAGCCAGUGGAAACAGUCACGUUCAGAGUCCAGCAACAUCUUGAUGAGUUCAACAUAGUGAAAGACACUCCUGGAGAUGGAUUCUUUAUGAGAGCACUUUAUGAUCGAGUGGCUGAGACAGAGCUUGACCUCUCUUUCAAGAAAGAUGACAUCCUGUAUGUGGAUGACACGCUACCAAAUGGCAACUUCGGCACCUGGAUGGCCUGGCAACUUGAUGAAAAUGCACAAAAAAUUCAAAGAGGGCAGAUCCCAAGCAAAUAUAUGAUGGACCAGGAGUUUUACAGCAGACACAGUAUGACUGAACUGAAGGACGAGGCGGGCUCCAGUAAGACCCUCUCUGCAGCCGCACGUAGAUCCUUCUUCCGCAGGAAACAGAAGCACAAACGCAGCAGCUCGAAAGAUGGCAAAGAUGUGGUAGCCUUGGACGCCAUCAGCACAGACUCUCUUCCAUUCUUAGAUGACUGUGUGAGUCUGGCCUAUCAGAGAGUGCAGAAGAUUGAUUGCACUUCUCCCAGACCGGUGCUUAUAUUGGGCCCACUGGUGGAUCCAGUUAAAGACAUGCUGAUCAAAGAAUCUCCAGAGAAAUUCAAUAGAUGUGUGCUUGAGGUUAUGAAGGCUUCUCAGCAGGCCAUCGAGCGUGGAGUGAAAGACUUUCUCUUCAUCGACUAUAAACGGAGGAGUGGCCAUUUUGAUGUGACUACUGUAGCCUCUAUCAAAGAGAUCACAGAAAAGGAUUGUCACUGUUUGCUUGACAUUGCACCUCACGCAAUCGAACGGCUUCACAGCGUUCAUAUUUACCCAAUCGUCAUUUUCAUCCGCUACAAAAACGCAAAGCAGAUAAAAGAGCAGAAGGAUCCAGUUUAUCUGCGAGAUAAGGUCUCUCAAAAACAUUCCAAGGAACAGUAUGAGAUUGCACAGAAGAUAGAGCAGGAGUAUAGCACAUUUUUCACAGGUAUUGUUCAAGGAGGCACCUUGCCCUACAUUUGCACUCAGAUUGUGACUAUUGUCGAUCAGGAACAGAGUAAAGUGCUGUGGACUCCGCUGGGCUCUCCAUAGGGGUCUGAGACAGUUACUGUGAUAGACAGUACUGCCUCUCACCUGAGCUUACAAACACUAGACUUUAUACACACCACACGCAAUGGUACACUAACGUUUCAAGCGUCACAUUAAGAUAGAUCAUAGAUUUUUUUUGUCACAAUUCAUUUUUAUUGUUAUAAAUUGUAACACUCUUAUUUGUAUAUGGGUGCCUGUGUGUGUGUGUGUGUGUGUGUGUGUGUGUGUGUGUGUUUUGUAUGCGUGCACUCGCUCACAUGUGUUUAUGUAUACAGAUGCAAGACAAUAGCACUGAAAUAUUUGUUCAUUUUCAUUGGUCUUCCUGAUGGACAGAUUAAUGUUUUAGCAAUGCUGCAUUUGAGACACUCGUUUACAAAGAAAUCAGUCGGUGAAUUGUUUAACGUCUGCUUGAAUGUGUACUCCUAAUGUUUUCGUAAAGAAAUAGUUCACCCCAAAAUUUUAAUCUAUCAUUUUUUACUCACCCUAAUGUCAUUCCAAAAUCUUUGAUUUUCUUUCUUCAGUGAAAAGCAAAAUAGCAUAUUUUGCAGAAUGUCUGAGCUACCCUUUUUCAUACAAUGAUAAUGAAUUGGGACUGUGGCUUUCAAAUUAAAAACUGCACCAAAAAUCUCCAGAAAAGUAGUCCAUGUGACUGUAACAUUAUACAAGUCUUAAGAAGUCAUAUGCAGGCCCAUACAGAAAACGCUGCAGACUUGGGACACCCAUCAUUCACACAUCCCAAACCCUUUGCAUGUUUAUUAAAUAUUUUUGCUAGUUUGAUAUGGUUGCCAGCUGCCUUUAUAAGACUGCAGUACUCUCAACUUAGUCAAGACAUUUUACCAGUUUGAAUCAAUUCAGCAGGAUGCUGCAGAUUUUCCAACAAAAACAAUGCAGAAAAGGGCAAAAAUAAAAGUGUGCAGAUUCUGUCUUUGUCUGGUCACAUGAUAACUUAAUGCAGGGAUCAGACUGAAAUGUAUAAUUGUUAUAUACCUAGUAAGUCCCCAUUUACUUUCAUUGUCUGGAAAAGAAAAGCUUAGUUGGCGGUUGAAUACAUUCUUACACUAAAAAGCUGCAGUGUCACGAGAUGCUUUUUUACCUCUUCAACUCUGAAGCAUUUUUGGACUGCCUCAAGCAAUUUUUCCCACUCAAAUUUAAAAGCUCACCAUUCACACAUUCUGUGGACUAACUGCUGAUCUGAAAUGUAGGUGGCGCUAUAAUGCAUUUUAGUCUUUGCAGAUGUGCACGUUUAUAGACAUUCAGUCUCAUUUUCAGUGCAUGCACCACCCUCAUUUUUCAUAGAAUAUCUAGGCCUCUGAGUGGACUAGAAGCUCAGUCUAGGUGUCAUUAGAAAGCUGAGAUCCUCCCUUUUGCAAUGAUGUAAAUUUGUAAUUAACUGUCGAUAUAGGCCUUGUUUUGUUAUUUUCAGUAACAUAAAUGUUUAAGUGAUGGUGAAUUAGAUUCUAUACUUUCAAAUGAUACCACAGAUGCCUGACUUCUGUAUACGGGGACUUGAUCAGUUUAAGUGUAAACAUUUUUCGUGAUAUAGCACCCCAUUUUGGAUGCACCGGCGGGUCCAAAGUGUUGAAGAGGUUUAACCUUGACACCAAGUUUAAAAAUAACGUUAUUCCUGCACGAGAAUCAGAAAAAAAAAACAGCCAGAUGUGGAGUUGUUUAAUGCAUAUUUACAUAGAAAAACUAUUUCCACUGUGCAGAUGCACAAAAUAUGUAUUCGGUGUGAACGGACCCUUAGAAAUUAUUUUGUGUUCUACAGAACAAAGUCAUAUUUGCUUGGAAUGACAUGAGGGUGAGUAAAUGAUGACUGAACUUUCAAAUUUGGAUCAACUAUUGCUUAUAUGAAUUCCACACCCCCUUCCUAAAAAAUGUAAAAAUCAAUUCUGUUCCCGAAAUCAGUUUUACCUAAAUGGUGUGUCACCCUCACACGCUCAAGGACUGAAUACUCGUUUUGUGGUUUCAGAGUAAUUUUGUAGCGAAGUUAGAUGUAUAGAUGUCAGUGAGAGUCGGUUUGAAUCAUAGUGCUUCUCUAUUGGGCUGAGACAGACAGUAGUUAAAUGGUUUCUACGGGCCAAAUGGAAGUGCCUUUGGAGAUCUACUGAGCGUUUGACAAUGGCAUGAGGUGAAAGCCUGGUAUUAACACUAAAAUUUCCCAGAUUGCACUCCAGGGCUAGACAGACCACUGUGUUCUAUGAGAUCUCUUAGCAUUCUCAUAGCAGAGCUUAUAUUUAAAGAGAAUAUCCCAUGUAACACUUGUACUCGUGCAUACGAAUUGAAGUACAAGCACACAUGCAUGUGUAUGUAUGCAAUUUCAUCUAAAUAUAGAGAAAUAUAUUUACUGUAUUUUUACUAGGCCAUUGGCCUAUGGGAGUGUGACAGAGCUGUCGUGUCAUAGCAAAUAUUAGCAUGUUUGUGUGUGAGAGAGAAUUAAUGUUUAUGUUUGCGUAUGUUUGUCAGUCACUUUUAUAUGUAAUAUCCACUAAAAAAAUCAUCAGAAAACUUUCAGGGUAAACCUGAAAUGGUUUUCUUACAGUAAAUCUGUUUAAAUGUUAGUGUUUUUUUUCAAUGAUAUUUAUUUAUUUUUCUUCUUUUCUUUUUUUUCUUUCAAGUUGUGUGUUCGAUGCAGACCAGUAGCCCCACCAUUAAUGUUGUGCCAAAAACCAGUCGUCGUUCUCUUUCAUUUUCUGUUUUGCACUUCCUAAACAAAUGACUGUUAGGUGUCCUGUAGCAAAUGAAAAUGGGUACUAUAAUUUCUAGAUUUGUGUAUUACUACUCUUCCAUAGAUUUCAUUAUUUGCUUUAUUUUGUUUUGCUUAUCAUUAUUUUUUAAGAAACUACAUGUUGUCAUUUAAAAAAGGGAUUUCUUUUAUUUUUAUUAUUCCCCCUCCCAAAGCAAGAUCAGUCAAUAUUUUAACCAUUGUGUUGAAAUUAGGCAUUUUGUUAAAGUGAAUCUAAUGACUAAUUAUUUUUCUGAAUAGCUAGUGUACACUUUAAACAAGAGGGAUUCAUUACACGGCUGAGUAUUUAGAAAGAAAGAUUAGAAGAGACAGGUACUGUUAUUAUUUGGAUUUUCUUUUAUUCUAAAAGAAUGUGAUUUGUAUGACGAUGUUCGACAUUAAUGCAACAAUAAAAGUAAUUUUUUGUA